UUGUUUGACAGAAGUCAAAAAAACCCACCUCCGUAUUCUUCAUCUUCGUCGCACAGUCAGGCCUAGAGAGAGACAGAACCAGACAAAAAAGAGUGGAUGACGCACGGUGGAGAAGAGGUGGUGCAUUUCAACUAGAAGGCUCUACGGUGGGCUCACGGCUGGGAGAGACCAAAGCUAGCAACAAUUUGGUUGAAGCGGAUUGGGGAUUAUCUUUAAAGGAAGAACUGAAAUUCCAGAAGCGACUUAUAAAUCUUAAGAAGUCUGCACUUAAAAGCAUUCAAGUUGGAAGAAGAAGCACACCGGCGAAUUACUGAUCGACACGUCACUUACCAGAAUCUGUGUCAACAAACGAGAAGCCAGAUCUGGGGUCAUACUACCAGAGGAAAUCAAAUGAAAAAAAAAAUAAAAAAAAUUACCUCUGUACAGUGGUGGUUCAUCCCCAGCUGGCGUGUUGUGGUUCUUUAGCAAAGUACAAUGGCUAUGGGCUCGUGGCUUACUGUCGUGACCCAGUGUUGCACGGUGCUUUUUGUCCACGAUUUGGCAUUUCCUAAAGCUCGGCAAAGUAAGAAAAUCUCGCGAUGGACCCUUCUCCUGACCCUGCAGACGAAUUCCGCAACUGGCUGGCUCUGCCCCGGGACGUGACGGCGUCGAUCCUGAUGAGACUGGAGGCAUUCGAGAUCCUGACGAGCGCGCAGAUGGUGUGCUCGUCGUGGCACAACCUCUACAAGGACCCGUCGAUGUGGCGCGCCGUCCACAUGCGCAAGCCCGUCCCCCUCUGGGAGUUCCCGUACGACGUCGAGAAGAUGUGCCGCAACGCCGUCGAUCGCAGCUGCGGCCAAUUGGUCCAUAUCAACGUCGAGAACUUCGGCACCGACGAGCUCCUCAGGCACAUCGCUGACAGUUCAAGUCAACUCAAAUGCCUUCGACUUGUAAGAUGCUAUCACAUUUCAGAUAAGGGAUUGAGUGAAGUGGCUGCAAAACUUCCAUUACUAGAGGAGCUUGUCAUUUCGUACUGUUUUUUGUCAAAAGAAGCUCUGGAAGCUGUGGGCCGCUGUUGCUCUCAUUUGAAAUCACUCAAAUUCAAUAGUCGGGAGCUGUGGCAUUUUAAGUAUGAUGAGGAGGAACUUGCAAUUGCAAUUGCAGAGAACAUGAGUGAAUUGCGCCACCUCCAGCUUUUCGGAAAUAGGCUGACUAACGACGGCUUGCAGGCCAUCCUUGAUGGUUGUCCUCACCUUGAAUCACUUGACUUGCGCGAAUGUUUCAAUGUCUCUCUGGCGGGGAAUUUGGGAAGAGGAUGUUCUGAACAGAUUAAAGACUUGUGGCGUCCACAUGAUUCCACCGAUGACUACGACUUCAAGUAUGAUCUACGCAUAUACAUAAGAUACUUCGAAGACUUAGAUGACUUCGAUGUCUACGAUGACCCCACCUAUUGACAUUUUUACGAUGGGGGACUUUCAUUUUAACUAGCUUAAAUGAAAUGACUCCUCUGCUGCAGGCUUGCUCCCUACUCUUGUCUCCCAAUAUUUUAAAUGUUUAAUUUUAGUGUUCGAGGUGUACUAAUUUUAAAUUUCGACGAUACUUUAUAUAUUUUUCAUUUGAAAUGAGGAGAUGGUAGGCCUAAAAUGUUCAAAUUAUGUAUCUUAUUUAUAACUUCUUUGUUAUAUAUUCUAUAUAUUUUAUUUAUCUCCCUUAA